ACACAACAUUCCCGUGACAGAAUCUUCCCCUUCACCUGCUUCUCUCAAGACAUCACCAAGAGGCUUCAUGAUGCAUUUAACCAGGAUUUCGUCCUGGUUGGUCCUCUUUGCAAACAAUCAACGAUAUGAUAUCGGCAUCUCAUCUGUCUCUUGGAUUCUUGAAUUCUGGAAUUCAAUUUCAUGUCACAGUCGGCCACAAUCAGUUCAAGGAGUGACAACACCCUCGUCGUUUCAAUACUCCCAAGCAUCCCCAAAGAAAGAGACAAUCAUGUGGUUGACAAGUGUGUUGGUUUUGACUUUGUCUUAUUCAAGCCUGGCUUCGGGAAAGAUUUCAGACGUUGCUCUUCGGCAAUCGGAUCGCGGAGGACGUGGGGAGCGGGGUUCGAGCCCCGCCCUCGAGCAUCAUCGUGGACGACCCGAGCCUCAAUCGACAAGAGGAGGAAAGGCACAACCUGAAGGCAGAACCAUUGGGGUGAUUGCAGAUUUUUUCCUCUCCGCCCAUUGCUUGCUCACUGAUUGCGAGAAGAGCUCCAAGCGAGCUGAGUAUUGUUGUUCACGCUCCCUCAAUCCAGAUUGUUGCUCAAGGUCAUCAAAUUCGAUCUAUGAUUACUACCACCAGCAUCAACAUUACCACAAUCCUGGAUAUCCUGCCAUCCCUGGAUCUUAUCCCGGAUCCUAUCCUCCUUAUCAGCAGCAAUACCCUCAGUACCCUCAAUAUCCACCAGGAUCCCCGCAGCUCCCUCCAAAGUACCCAUCUGCUCCAUAUCCAGGCUAUAACCCUUACAAUCCCAUAAGUCCAGUGUCGCCAACUUAUCCACAGGGGAUUCAAAAGCCUGGAUCCUGUCCCAGGAACUCCAGAUCGGAUUGGCAGUCGGACUACCACCAUCAAAGCACCUACAGUUCGAAAACAUCCAGCGUGGCCGGGAAUUACAUUCGGUCUUGUUCGUACGACUUUGAGUGUCCGAAUCAAGAGAAGUGCUGCCACACCGAGCUUCAUCGCGGCAUUUUCACCAUGAACUGUCAAUAUCCUAUACGAUCCUCUUACUAUUAUUGAGAAGUGGUCAUCUGUUCCGACAACAAACAUCAGGCCCAAUUGACCUGUAUUGUAUUGCACGCGUAGAUCCCAAGUUCCCUACUUACCUAUUUUGGUGAAUAAAUACCUGUCUGUCUCGUUCUGCUUUCUAAUUCCACAGAAUGUUGGUUGGGGGAAUUUCGGAACACGUUAGAAAGUGACCCCAAAGCAAGCUACACAGAGAGGCAAGAGUGGAACAAUGACCACUUUAGGCGUGAUUGACGGUUGGAUUGGUAGUCCCCGACAACAACACCGUGUCAAUCACUCGUAGGUAGCAUUGAAUAUUGAUAACCCAUAUCAUGUGGUGGGUGUGUAGAGCCAAAAUUGCUCCGAAGCCUUUGUGAACAUGUCCGAGUUCGAGUCGGAUCUGGACGAUAUCAACGAUGACGUGAUCGAGAUCUGCGUGGAAUCCUUGGUCGGCACCAUCUUCGAGAUGCGUUUGUCCAAAUACGAGACCAUCGGCAGCAUUAAGAGCCGCCUUCACCGCUUGGAAGGCAUUCCCAAGAGCCAAAUGCAUUUGUUGCACUUGGGGAAGGAACUGGAGGACGCCCCGUCCUUGUUCGAGUAUCACAUCGAGUCCGGAUCGACCUUGAAAUUGAUCUUGGCCCUUCGGGGAGGUCCGAUCAAUACGCGCCGAAUUCCGGUCCCCCAAUCCGCCAUGAGUCGCUCUGUUGAUCCCGAGAGGGUUCCCCGUGAUAUUAGGGACCUGAUGGCCAGGAACCGGGCCCAGCUUUUGGACAAGAUGCCCAAAAAUGGACAGGUCACUGUGCUGUUGUUCAGGGAGGGUGAUCAAGUGAACCUUUAUCAUGUGUUGGAAAAGGCCGAUGGGUCUUUUUCCCCGCUCUCUGAUUCCUGGUCUGGGAGUUCGGCUAAGAACCUCUUUGCUGAAGAUGAUCCAAAUCUGGACAAGGAGGCCCUGGAGGAGCGGCUGAAAAUGAACGCACUCACUAUGAAUAAGAUGACCGAUCUGAGACUACAACUUCAAAAUUUGAAUUUGAAAAAGGAAAAGGUGACGAGAACUUGUCUUUGGAUCGAUUCAUAUUAUUUUUUCAUCUUCAAAGCUACCAAGUUAAAUUCUACUCGCAUGAUGGAAAUCCUUGUCCUUUUCCUUUGGUCCUUUUGGUACCUUUUGAUAAGGCCAAAUCAAAUGACACUUUGGCCUUGCCCAAUUAAUAUGUCAAGGAAGAAGCGGCGAAAAACGGGAACACGAUCUGGUGCUUCCAAUUCAGCCUCAUCAAGGUUGAACAACAACGGCAACAACGGCAACAACAAUCAAUAUCCUCCCACAAAUGGCAAGGUUGCAGGGCACGCAAGUCCUCGCGGCUCCAUUACAGAGUCUCACUCUCAACAAAGGCGACGACCCCGCAGUACCACAAAACGAGGAGAACGUGGAAAAACUGCACGUAAGGACUCCGUGCAUGUUAGGCAACCACAAGAGAGUGUGCUCCAAGAGGGAAUGGAGGUUCACUACUCAGUUCCCCUUCCACCCAUCCACACAAGUAAUCAAAAAUCAGAUUUGAGGAUGGAUGACCUCGAUUUGUCCUCGACAACAACCAGCAUCCAACCAUUGCAGGGCUUUGGGACCAAGCCGAAUAAAUCCAUGAAUACCGCCACACACAACAAUAACAAGAACAACAACUACAACAACAACAACAACAGUAGCAGUAAUCAAAGUCAAAUUGUCCACCAAGCCCGUCAAAGGUCCCUGUCUCGGCAAUCCAGUCUUUCAACCACGCUCCCAAUGAUGCGAAACAACCCAAUGAGGACCGUCCCUGAAUGGCUCCAAAAGAACGAAUCCCAGUUGGGACUCAGUCAGCGAUCCAGCGCCCCUCUCCCGUCUGCAAUGGACGACAUAUUCAACCGUGAUAUUGAUGUGAUUGACUUGAAACUUGACCCUGAUGACCCCAAUGUGGAAAUCAUCCGCCGCCGGAAGACGCAAAAACUCAUUACUACCGACAUCAACAAGCUGACCAGCUUCGACCAAGUCAAAGGCAGCAUGGCUGCACGAUCCCGUCCCAAGAAAGGCUCAUCCGCGGCGUCCAUGUCUGGGGCGGAAGACAACAUUUUUGUACCUGAUGUGCCCAUGACCUCCACCCCUGAUUUCCUGGCAGGGUCCGGGUCCUCUUUGAAGAAGAGUUGGAGGAACUGGUCCGGACGAACGUCCUCGAAACUCUCCAAGCGGUCUACCUCUGGUCUAUCGGGCAAGAACGGACCUACCUUUGCCACAGGGCGCCCAGGCAGCUCUUCCGCCAAAGGGCGUAAGAGAAAGAAGACCCCACGGCCUCGCUGCAAUGAAGCCAAGUGUCGGAAGAAACUUAACAUUACCAAUGGGUUUUCUUGUUCCUGUCAGGGCUUGUUUUGCGCCAAGCAUCGCCAUCCAGAGCUUCAUGGCUGCAGCUUUGACUACAAAACGGAGGGCAGGAAGGUUUUGGAGCGAGAGAAUCCUAUUGUUGUCCUGCCGAAACUGCCCAAAAUCUAGCGUUUCCUAACACUGGGUGGGAUAAUACAGGGUGACUGAGAGAUAUCAUAUAUAAUACUUUAUUGCGUGUCGUAACAAGGGUUAAACAAAGAGUUGAACACAUGUUUUUCAAGAUAUGA